AUGUUUAGCUAUACAUUCGGCCUUAAGAUGUUUGAAUGUGGUGAUAAGACAAUUCUUUCCCAAGAAACGGCGAAGGAUAUCCUAUAUUUUUGGGAUAUAAAUCGUCCACUGAAUAAUAGAGACACAGGAUGUCUCAUCAUCUGUGCUAUGGUGAAGCUUGAACUUCUGGACUCUGAAGGUGAACUGGUUGUGCCCAAUGCUGAAGGUUACCUUCAGGCGGCUGGUUCUGACAACGAUAUGACCGCAUAUUUAAUACAAACGUACGAUAAGUGCAAAAGUAAAACCUCAUCUAUUUCAAACGGCUGCGAAAUUGCGUUGGAAAUAUCGAAGUGCUUCAGACGAAGCGUUCAUCAGAAAAACUGGACGCCGGACACGACCUCCCUCCAUAAAAUGAAUUAA